AGGUCGGAGGACUGACACGCUCGAGAAAAGCUUGUGUUUCUGCAAUGUUGAAAUGAAGAUAGAUGAAAAAGUUGUCAGCUAUUUUGAAUCCUGCAACUCACCUGUGGACAAGGAGGGCUACCUCUCCAAAAAGGGCGAGAUAAAGACUUCCUAUCAGAAGCGCUGGUUCGUGCUGAAGGGGAACCUCCUCUUCUACAAGGAGCGUCCGGCAGACAGGGACGUGGUAGGACUGAUUGUUCUGGAGGGCUGCACCGUCCAGCUGUGUGAGUCUGAGGAGCAGUUCGCCUUCUCCCUGGUGUGGAGCGAAGCGGGCCUGAGGACUUACAAGUUUGCUGCAGAGGACCAGGCGAGUCAGGAGAGCUGGAUCAAAGCUCUGCUGUCGGCCAGCCACAGCUACCUGGCCCUACUGGUGAUGGACAUGGAGAAGAAGUACAGAGAUGCAUUGAGUGAAUUUUCCAAUAAACCAGGCAAACCCUUCAUAAUGCCAAACUUCCACCCUGCAGUGGAGAUGAGCUCUCUGAGCAUGCCUGCUUCAUAUCCAGCUCAGGUUUUAGGAGCCGGAGUCCCUCUGAGCUCCAACCAAGAGCUUCAAGCUCCAAACAGACCAGCUAAUAAGAAAUCCCCCAAACUGUGGCCCAAAAGAAGCGCAAACAUGGUUCCUGUUGGCGCUCCUGCUCUGCCCAUGUUGGAGUGGGCCGGUCCCAGUUUCGGCUCCGAGGACAACUUCAGUAAACUGCACGAAGACUUUGGAAAGGAAGUAAAGGAACUGAUUGCUGAUUGGUCAAAGAAAAGACACGGCGGCGGAUUAGUUCAGGAAGAAAACUUGAUAGAUUUUGGAUGA